AAGAAGUGAAACUAAAGAUAGGGCAUAAUAUUUGCCCAGCUCAGUGGCCUUGUAUUGACGUCCUCCGUUAUCACACACGUUAUUUUUUGUCUUGUUUUAUGAGGAAUAAAAGCCGUCGUAUCCUCUCCACACCUUUAUUUAUUUUUAUGGAUUAAAGUCUAUUAGUGCUUUAUGUCCUUUUUGACAGGAGGCUGACAGGAAUAUGGCGUGAAGAUUUGACCUAACUGGACAGUCACCGACAAGUCAGCUGUCGGCUGUUUACCAUUAUUUCCAAAGAGCGCCCUCCUGUGGCGUCUUAGCACAACUACAGGGAGACGGUUUUUUUUUAUACCCGGAAGUAAAACCGUGAGGUCGUCAUGGGGAGCAAAGUCAGCUCCAAAAUGGCAGCUCCCACCGCCCGAGUUAUCCAGGCUGUGCGACCUCACGCUCCUCUGAUCAAGUUCCCAAACAGACAAGGUGUGCCAAGACCCAACGUCCAAGAAGCAUUGAAGUCAUUAGCAGUUAACCAUCCACAACACAACGGCCCCAGUUUAGCUUCAGCUGCAGCGGCAGCCAGACCUCAUGUACCUUUAGCUCCGAUCCCUGGCACGCCGGACACCCUGGCCUCCAUUCAGCAACUACCAGCCAGGUACCGCAGGAGGCCGUUGACCGCGGAUGAAAUGGGCUACAUCGAGCGUGGAGGACCUGAAUGAAGUGCAACCAAAGUCCUUAUCUGUUGGAGAUCAGUGUGUCUUUACUUCUGUUUCUCAGCACAAGAAAACCCCUAAUGCCACAAGACGUGUAGAAUAAAAUAUUAAAUCAAUCCUGUUAAAAUGUA